AUGCAGCCAAGUCGUCGGGAUGAAGGGGGGACCAAGUCGUACCUCUGGCACCUUCGGCUUGGCCACAUAGGUCACGAUGGACUCAAUUGCAUCGUGACGAAGAACAUUGGAAUUGGCAUCGACAUAUCUUCGGUGAAGAAGUGGGACGUGUGUGAAGGUUGUGCUCUGGGAAAACAGACUCGAGUGCGCUUCCAAUCAAACACUACAGCUCACACCUCCAAACUCCUCGAAGUGAUUCACAGUGACGUAUGCGGACCGAUGUCGAUGGCAACUUUCAGUGGAAAACGGUACUUCGUGACAUUCAUUGAUGACAAGUCAAGAUACUGUGUCGUCUAUCUGCUCAAGAGCAAAUCUGAAGUUGCGGCGAAGUUCAUGGAAUACGCUGCGAUGGCCGAAACGCAAACCGGAAAGCGCGUGAAGUACCUUCAAAGCGACAAUGGGGGUGAAUACAAGUCCGACAAGCUGGCACGAUUCUGCGCGGAACGGGGGAAUACAACAAAGGUUCACCCCCCAUAUACUCCUCAGCUAAACGGAGUAGCUGAGAGAAUGAAUCGCACGCUGGUCGAGUGUGCGCGUUGCAUGAUGGAACACGCUGGACUGGGAAAGAGCUACUGGGGUGAAGCAGUGAUGACGGCGAUGUUUCUUCGAAACCGCUGUCCAACACGUGCCAUUCACCAAGACAAGUCUCCAUAUCAAGUGUGGACGAUGAAGAAACCGAUUCUGGCCAACCUUAAAGUGUUUGGAUGCCACGCGUAUGUUCAAGUGCCUCAAGACAAACGCGCGAAGUUCGACUCCAAGUCAUCACUCUGUCGUUUACUGGGAUACGCCGAACACCAGAAGUCAUAUCGAUUUGAGGAAGUGUCAACAGGAGCGAUCAAGAUCAGUCGCGAUGCCACAUUCAUGGAAGACAAGUUUGAUGAAGGUCCGCGCAACUACAACGAUGAGUCAAGUGUCGUUGAGUUUGAUGAUCAUGAUGAGGACGAAGAAAAAGAAGAAGGUAAAACUGACGACGACAUGGACUCGAGCGACGAUGACAACGAAGACACCAGGUCUUCAAAGAGCAACAUCAAGAGACACACGCGCACUCAAUCACUUGAGAAAGCUACCGUCAUUCCAAGUCCCAAGCGAAGAACAUACAGAGGUCCGUCGCUUGAGCAUGUGUCAGCGGCUGCAAUGGAUUUUGAAGCAGCCUACAUCGUUGAUUCAGUGGGGGAAACGCCGACUACAUUCAAGUUGAUGAACUUUAGACUUCUUGGUCCGAGUGCAAAACGCAAAGUGAAUAUAUAUUUAUAA